AUGGCCGACCAGCAGCCCACCCCCGCCGACACAGAAGACGAGCGCAACACCACCGCCAAGUCCGCCGAGGACCGCAAGGCCGCCUCCGCCCUCGCCAACCUCGACUCCUCCUCCUCCGCCUCUGCCACCGCCGCCACGCCCGCCCCGGCCGUCGACCACGAGGCCGUCACCAAGGCCAUGAAGAACCUCGGCGGCCUGGGCUCCGGGUCCGGGACCCGCAGGAACGUGAAAGUCGACCCGGCCGACGUCGCCCUCCUCGUCGACCAGCUCGACAUGACCAGGCCCCGCGCCACCGAGUUCCUCAAGAGCCACGACGGCGACGCCGUCGCCGCCAUGAGGGCGUACGUCACGGCAUAG